AUGGAAUACCAUUCUGUGCCUCUCGAAGAGCGCGCGAAAGACGAGAAGGGAAACACCUUGCCAUGGGGCUAUGUUUACAAGGAUGAAUCCCGCAACCCUCGAAGACCACCUGAAGAAACAGGCCCAUUUGGUAAAAGGAGGAAUACACGAUAUGGCUCUACAAGAUCCGUGACACGAACUGGGACUCCUGCUAAGCGUGAGAAUCCAAACGUUGCGGAAUUUGGCAGGUUAUUCAGCCUUCAGCAGGAGGAAGAAGCGCAACAAAAAUUACUUGCAUCCAACAACGCAACAUCGAACGAUACAACGGCUAGAAUACAGCCGGAGGCAGUUGCAACUGAAUGUAUACUCUAUGGCUAUAGGGAUAAGGGCUCUGAAUGGAAGGUUAUUGAUAAAUUUGAGCGCAUCUCACAGGGCUAUAUCUGUGAAGACUAUUCCCGCACCGACCCUGAUAUCUGUCCCAAGUAUCCUCAAUUGCUGAGCGGAGGCGACGUUGUGAUCCGCCCGAGGCUUUCAGCUGAUGCCAACAGGAAAUCGAAAAGAUAUGCUGGGGGAGCUCACUGGAUCAAGGUGACAUUUGACUCUCUCCCGGCUGCCGAUAGAGCGUGCCACUACUCUCCGCAAGAAAUUGACGGCUGCCUUAUACACUGCGAAAUAUACCGCGGACACGGACCCCAGGAGGAUGUUCCGAUCCUCAAAGCAGCAGUAGAACAGCACUCACGUUUAAACUCAAUAUAUCCGACCCUCACCCCGUCCAUACCCGCCUCUUUACUCCAAUCAAACGAAUAUGACCGCUCGACUCUACCCCGCUCGUUUACAUACCAACCACAGGCUGGCAACCAGAACCCUGGCUAUGAGGCCCCUGCGUCUGUACAGUCUACGGCAACCGCCAGCUCCGCCACAGUAACCGGGCAGAAGACAGAUACAGACGCCCUCCGCAACCGUUUUGCUCGGCCACAACCGGAGCCCGAACCGGAGGCGAAGCAGGCUCCCUCUGAAUUCAUGACCCAUAUACCCUCUGUCCGACGGGCCGUUGUACGUCCAGCGUCCGAGGCCCUCCCUCCCCAGCCAUCUGUGACAGAAAGGGUAAUUCGAUCUAUACCAAUCUUAAGUUGGUUCACCGGAGAUAUCGUCGGCGACGGGCCUGCCCUACGAGAAGACGGAUCCUUUGACGACCAAAAGUCGAACCUCUACUGGCGAUUCUGGCACAUGGUGGACAAGAUACUGGGCACCGAUCUGUGUGGCCUAAAGGAAGAAAUAUAA